AAUAAAAUAGUGAAUGAACAAUCAAAACGUGUUUCUUAUUUGUUUAUAUAAACUUAUGGUAUAAGGCCAUAAAUUGGUGACCCCUUCAAAAAAAAACUUCAAGGAAAACGCAAAAUGCAAGAAACUGAACAUGCAGAGACUCCAACAGAGACAAAUAAAUUCCAGCCUAUGGAAGCGGAAGCGUCGGCAGUGCAAGCGAUUGGGCAAAUGAAGUUGCCAAACUUUUUGACCAAGGACCCAACGUUAUGGUUUGCGCAAAUUGAGGGCCUACUACAUAUGAGCCGAGUCACAGCAGAUUUAUCGAAGUUCUAUACAGUAAUUACUGCGCUGGAUGCAGAAACGCUGCAACAAGUUGCGGAUAUUGCAAAAAAUCCUCCUGAAACAGGCAAAUACGACAAAUUAAAGAAAGAACUAAUUUCUCGUUUUUCAGAAUCGUCAGAAAAGCAGCUCAUAAAGCUACUCACCGGUCUGGAACUUUCGAACAAAAAACCAAGCCAACUGGUACGUGAAAUGCGCACAUUAGCAGGCGCAAAUGUCUCAGAGGAGGCAUUAACAACACUGUGGCUGCAACGUAUGCCAAACAGUGUAAGAUGCAUUCUAUCAGCAUGCAAAACCACAAGUAUUGAUGAGCUAGCAGAAAUUGCUGAUAGAAUAUUAGACAACAGUCCAGUACCAUCUUACGUAAUGACCACAAACGCCAACAAAUCAAAUGACAAGUUGGAAGCCCGCGUAACAACAUUAGAAAGUUCGGUCCAACAAAUAAAUCAGCAGCUUAUCAACAUAGCAGCAACUUUAGACAGAUUGGAGAAACGAGACAAUCGUGGUAGAGACAACAGCCGCAGCCGCAGCAGUUCUUGCAGACGUGAGAAAGUCUGUUACUACCACAUAAAAUUUGGGGCAGCAGCGACUAAAUGUAGCCAACCGUGCGAGUUUGGCAAACGUAAAAGCGAUAAUCGACAGGGAAACUAGCGAGGCUGUCGUCAUCAAACACGGUUGGCGACAGCAUAAAAAACCAAGAGCUACGUUUACAUGUGUAUGACAGAAAAAACAACAUUAAUUUUCUAAUUGAUUCUGGGUCAGCUAUAUCACUACUUCCACUACCAGGCAUCAAUCCAAAAAGUAAAAUGCAACCAGACGAUUUAGUUCUUUAUGCAGCGAACAACACUGCAAUCAAAACUUUUGGCAACAAGCAACUAGCAAUAGAUUUAAACCUUAGAAAAGAUUUCAACUGGUAUUUCAUCAUCGCUGAUGUUAAAACAGCCAUAAUUGGGGCAGACUUUCUCACGCACUACGGCUUACAAAUCGAUUUGAGGGCAAAAUCGCUCAUUGAUACGCAAACCACGUUACAGUCAAAGGGUCUACUGAAAGAAGUAGCCCACGAAAAUGUUUCGACAAUAAAUUCAUCCAUCAAAUUCCAUGACGUCAUCGCAAAAUAUGUUGACGUAACAAAUUUGAACAGGUACCAACUACCAACAACAAACAGCGUUCAACACAGAAUAAUAACAAAUUGCCAGCCAAGAUCAGAACGCCCACGGCGUUUUUCAGGUGAAAAAUUAAGAGCAAUCAAAGAUGAGUUCCGUGUAUUACUACAUCAAGGUAUAGUGAGGCCAUCCAGCAGCCCCUGGGCAAGUCCUAUACAUUUAGUAAA